AUGGACGGUUUCGCAUUAAUAUGGGGCUGUCUUUUAGCCAUUGUUUUAGCUCAAGUUUUGGCUUAUAUCUUAUGCCAUCAUCGUUUACCACUCUUCAUCCGGGCUACAUAUGAAUGGGGCAAGCUGCUUGAUGAGAAUACUUCUGCAUUCAAUCGAAAGUGGCUAGUCCCUAAAAGCUGUAACAAACAGCAAAAGUUUUUGUGCUAUCAAAUCAUCAUUCAAGUAAAGGAAGUAUUUGGCUACUUAGACUCUGCCAAUUAUUACACGAUUAAGACCUCAUCUAUUAUCCUUUCUCUGGUAUUGCUAUCCCUGCAAACAUUUCGACGUCUCUACGAAUGCUUAUUUAUCUCAAAAUUUUCACAAUCGGCACAAAUGCAUUUAGGUCAUUACUUGUUGGGAGGAAUGUUUUACAUACUAGUUAAUUUAACAAUCAUAUCUGAUGGAUCUUUCUUAACAUCAGAUGGGGAUACUUUCCGGUUGAAAGAUCUAUCAACUGCCACCAAUAUUAUUGGAGUCUGCAUAUUCUGUUGGGGUAGUUUGCAUCAACAUCGAUGCCAUAAUAUCUUAGCUCAGUUACGCGUAGGAAGCUCAUCUCACAACAACUAUGGAGUUCCAAGAGGUGAUUGGUUCAACUACGUUUCGUGUCCUCAUUACCUAUCAGAAAUUAUCAUCUAUUUUUCUAUCGGAUUCAUUUUAAGUCUUGACCAUCAGUCAUGGUGGCUGUUAUUGGCUUUCAUUACAACGAUGCUCUCCUUAGGAGCUGUCCAAACAAACCAAUGGUAUUAUCAGAAUUUUUCAAAUUAUCCUGAAGAUCGUCGAGCUAUCAUUCCAUUUUUGUUAUGA